AUGGGUGGCAUCCCUCCCCCUCCACCUCCAUUACCUGGGAUGGUGGGCAUCCCUCCUCCCCCACCCCCACUGCCUGGCAUGGGUGGCAUCCCUCCCCCUCCACCCCUCCUCCCUGGCAUGGCAGGAGAUCACAUAGAAGCCGUGGUGGCCUCCCAAUUCAGCUGCCCUCUGGGCUCAGGCCGGCCUCCCCGCAAGGCAGUGAAGACACCAACGUUGAGAAUGAAGAAGCUGAACUGGCAAAAGCUGCCCUCCAAUGUGGUGAGAGUGGAUCUGAAGAGGAGCAUGAAAUGUGAGAAGAAGCCAGGACAGGCAAAGGUCAGCUUUGUCCUAGAUAACUCCAAUGAAGAGGUGGCUGCCAUGGUCCAGAACGGGGAUCGUACCAAGUUUGAUGUUGAGGUUCUGAAGCAGUUACUGAAGCUGCUGCCUGAAAAGCAUGAGAUAGAAAACCUGAAAGCCUUCAAAGAAGAGAAAUCAAAGCUUGCAAAUGCAGAUCAGUUUUAUCUUCUUCUCCUUCAGAUUCCCAGCUACCAGCUGCGCAUUGAGUGUAUGCUGAGCUGUGAGGAGACCACCGCUGUGCUGGACAUGAUUCAGCCGAAAGCUGAAGCCAUCCGGAGAGCCUGUGAAGAUCUUCUGAACAGCCAUCGCCUGCCGCUCUUUUGUCAACUGAUUCUCAAAGUUGGAAACUUUCUGAACUACGGAAGUCACACGGGCGACGCUGAUGGGUUUAAAAUCAGCACUUUACUCAAACUAACAGAAACCAAAGCAAACCAAACCCGCAUUACGCUGCUCCACCAUAUUCUGGAGGAAGUAGAAAACAGCCACACGGACCUACUGGAACUGCCAAAGGAUCUUGAAUAUGUUUCAAAAGCAGCAGGAAUCAAUCUUGAUAUUAUACGCAUGGAGUCCAGUACCAAUUUAAAGAAGUUGUUGGAGCUUCAACGGAAAGUGUUAUCAUCAAAUGAUGAUGUGAAACAACAGUAUGAGAAACCUAUCCAGGAUAGCAUUGAUGCCUCCAGAAAGCUGGAAGAAGAAUUUGAAGCUAUUGAAAGAAAGAGAGAAGAACUUGCAAAUUACCUUUGUGAAGAUCCAAGCAAGUUGUCCUUAGAGGACAUAUUUAACACCAUGAAGACCUUCAGAGAUCUCUUCAUACGAGCCCUGAAGAUGGGUGGGAUGGGUACCCAGAUCUGGUGGGGGCAAGUUAAGAAGGGGAUGGCAAAGCAGGAGGAGGUGUGUGUCAUCGAUGCCCUCCUGGCCGACAUAAGGAAAGGGUUCACACUGAGAAAGACAAAGAACAGACAUGACCUGGAUGCACUUCCUAAAACCUCACCUGCGGAGAGCCCGGAGGAGAGUCAGUCUGGAAAGAGCAUUAAGGAUCCACGUGCAGCAGGACAGCAGAUUGAAGAUAAGACCAAGCAAAACAGUGAUGGUCAUCCCUCAGCAGGCACUCCCCUCUCAGCCACUGCCCUGAUGGAGGUGGGUGGAGACGUUACAAAUGCCGCAGCUUCAAACCAGGCAUUAUCUGUAAACAAUGUUGGAGGAAAUUUGCCACCAGAAUCCGGGAUGGAAAGCCCCUCAGUAAGCUUGGUGGAAGCUGAUGGAGCUGGUCAGCCCAUGCCGAGUGCUGGGACGAAGCAAGCAGAGAGCUGGGCAAGCCUCCAGCUGGGCACGAAGAACGGCUCCCUUGCCUUCUCUGCUGCAAGCAUAGGCACUGGGAUAAGGUUUGUGAGCAGCAGUUCGGGCUUUGCUCUGAGAGACCAGCUCAAUGGAUCCAUCUCAGAAGGCCAGGACAAGGAAUGCCCAGCUGAUGGCUCAGAGAGCUACCAGCUGUCACAGGAGCCAGAAAUCCGGCUGAGUGAGACAGGGCUCGACCCUGGCAGCGCUCAGGCUGCACCCUGCGAGGAGGCUUAUCAGGCAGAGUCGAAAGAGAUGACAAAGGAAAAUGAAGACCCUGGUACAGACUCACUGUUGGACACCUCUCAAGAGAAGUCCUUCUCAGAGGAGCCAGCCACUGACUCCUCUUGUUCGACAACACUCCCCCCGGGGCAAACUCACACCGACAGGGAAAAGCAGAGGCCAUCUGGGAAGCGGAGGAAGAAGAAGAGGCACAGCAAAAGCUACUCAGAAAGUGGCUCCAUGUGGGCUGUGAUGCCAAGCAGCAGCAAGGAGCUCGUGGAGCCUGACUAUGCAAGCUUGGAGCUACUUUUCUCCGUCCCACCAACAGCACCUAAGGAGAAAAUGAGGUCAAAAUUAAAGAAAAAAAAAGAGAUCACAUUCAUAGGUCCUAAGAAAAGCCUCCUCCUGAGUAUAAUUCUGAAGCAAUUUAAAUGCUCCAAUGAAGAGAUUGCUGCCAUGAUUCAGAAAGGUGAUAGAUCCAAGCUGGAUGCUGAAAUACUGAAGCAGCUACUUAAACUGCUGCCUGAAGACCAUGAGAUAAAUAGCCUGAAAUCUUGCAAAGAAGAAAAAUCAGAACUAGCAAAUGCAGAUCAGUUUUAUCUCCAUCUUUUGGAAGUUCCUAGCUACCAGUUGCGGAUUGAAUGUAUGCUGAUUUGUGAGGAAACAAAAAUUCUGCUGGAGAGUCUGUGGCCAAAAGCACAAGCUAUGAGGACAGCCUGUGAAACACUUCUCACCAGUCACCGACUGCCAGUUUUCUGCCAAUUGAUUCUUAAAGUUGGAAACUUUCUGAACUAUGAGAUUGAAAAAAACUAUACGGAUUUGCUGCGCCUUCCCAGUGAUCUUGACUUUGUUUCCAAGGCAGCAGGAAUCCACUUUGAAGCCAUGCGGGCUGAGGCAGGUGCCAACUUGAAGAAACUGUUGGAAAUAGAGAAGCGUUUAUUUUUGUCGACAGAUGAUUUAAAAACACAACAUGCAAAAUCUGUUCAAGGCAGUCUUGAUGCUUCAAAGGACCUGCAGAAGGAAUUUGCCACCAUUGAGAAGAAGAAGGAAGAACUUGCUGAUUAUCUUUGUGAAGACAGGAAAAUAUUGUCUUUGGAAGAUGUAUUUAACACAAUGAAAACCUUCAGAGAGCUCUUCCUCAAGGCCUUACAGGGUGGGAAUAACGCAGGCCAUACUGUGGUCGUUGAUGGGAAAGAAUAUGAUUUUCACCUGUUUCCUAGUGGCAUCAUUAAUCAGAAGGCAAUUUCUUUUAUUGGUAAUGGAGUGGUUAUACAUUUACCAGGCCUGUUUGAAGAAGCUGAAAAGAAUGAAAAGAAAGGUUUAAAAGACUGGGAGAAGAGACUGAUUAUAUCAGAUAGAGCACAUAUAGUGUUUGACUUUCACCAGGCAGUAGAUGGGCUCCAGGAAGUGCAACGUCAAGCACAAGAAGGAAAAAAUAUUGGCACAACAAAGAAGGGGAUUGGACCAACAUAUUCUUCCAAAGCUGCACGAACAGGCCUUCGAAUUUGUGACCUCCUUUCUGACUUUGAUGAAUUUUCUUCAAGAUUUAAAAAUCUGGCACAGCAAUACAAGUCAAUGUUUCCCACAUUGGAAGUAGAUAUAGAAGGACAACUGAAAAAACUAAAGGGAUAUGCUGAAAAAAUUAGACCCAUGGUUCGAGAUGGUGUGUAUUUUAUGUAUGAAGCUCUUCAUGGCUCCCCAAAGAAGAUUCUCGUUGAAGGAGCCAAUGCAGCAUUACUUGAUAUUGACUUUGGCACGUAUCCUUUUGUGACUUCAUCAAACUGCACCGUAGGUGGUGUCUGCACCGGGCUUGGAGUUCCUCCCCAGCAUGUUGGAGAUGUGUAUGGUGUGGUGAAGGCCUAUACCACCCGGGUGGGAAUUGGAGCCUUCCCCACUGAGCAGAUUAAUGAAAUUGGAGAUCUUUUACAGAACCGUGGCCACGAGUGGGGAGUAACGACGGGCAGAAAGAGGCGCUGUGGCUGGUUAGAUCUUGUCAUUUUGAAAUAUGCUCAUAUGAUCAACGGAUUCACUGCUUUGGCAUUAACAAAACUGGAUAUUCUUGAUGUCCUGGAUGAGAUAAAAAUUGGUGUUGCUUACAAACUAGGUGGAAAAAGAAUUCCAUAUUUUCCAGCUAAUCAGGAGAUACUACAGAAGGUGGAAGUAGAGUAUGAAACAAUGCCUGGGUGGAAGACUGACACAACUGGUGCACGAAAAUGGGAGGACCUCCCACCCAAGGCCCAGAACUACAUCCGCUGUGUGGAGAACCAUGUUGGGGUGCCAGUUAAAUGGGUCGGAGUUGGAAAGUCAAGAGAGUCGAUGAUCCAGCUGUUCUAAACAAAUGAAGAACUUCAGUGACGAGAAGCACAAUUUAGCCUUCAUCUAUUCCUUACUGCUUCCACUCUAAAUGGAGAUGCUAAUUAAAACCAACAUGUUCUUCUAGGAGUUGAAUAGAAACAAAACAUAUAUUCUGUCUUGUAACUCUUUAUUUAUCUUUAAGUUCUCUGUAAAUUCAGUGUAAAAU